UAUGUUACAGUCAGUUUGGAGGACGAGUGGAAAACUGAGAGAGUAUAUGUUUUACUUUUGGAUUUUACUUUGAGUCUACUGAUACUUUCCCGACUUAAAAUGUAUUUUUAAAAAAAAUCAGUUUUGACAACCAACUUUGCUGUAUGAAAUCUGUUGGAUUAUUUUGACUAAAGUUGAAUCAAUUUAACAUUUACUUUUGACAAACCAGUAGAAAGUCUGAAAACUCAGAAAAUAAAAACUACCACAGUUUUUAACUUAUCUAUAUUCAAUGUGUAUGCUAAAUUAAAAACUACAUUCAAGAAAAAACUAAUCUAAAUGUUGAUACCUUAACCGAGAACAGUGUUUGCUGUUCAGUCAUUAACAGUAGUGUUCCAGGCUGUUGAAGUCAAAUAGCAGCUAUUAAAUAAAAAAUAAAUCAUUUUUCAGAAGACAAGACAACACACAUGUGGAAGCAUUGCAAACUGUAGUGUCACAGCCUCAACCUUUUAUGUACCUAACUUAACACUUAAGACAGGAAAAUUAAUGCGGCAGUUUUCAAAUUUCUUGUUUUGUGGUCUUUUAUUUUUGUUACUGCUACUUGCAUAACAGUUUAACUCCAUGGACAACCUUUGCUCCAUAUCACACUUUCUUAUCACCUGUGUAUUUAAGAACUUUAAAUUGCAGUAGCAUGUCUCAAAGUCCUUCCAGGUCGGACCCUGGAAGAACUAGCAUUCAUUGUGCUCUCUGGCAAAGGACAAGACAGUUGUUGUUUUUUACACCGCCGGCCAGUUAAGAACAACAAUGAAUUGUCCCUGGGUGUGGAUCACUUUCUGUGUGACCUGUUCAACUAUGGUUUAUGGUGGGAAAGUACUUGUUUUGCCAGUGGACGGGAGCCACUGGGUGAACAUGAAGGUCAUUAUAGAGGAACUAUUCUCAAGAGGCCAUCAGGUUACUGUUCUGCGAUCAUUCAACAGCUGGUACAUCAAGGAAACCUCCGCAUUUUAUACUUCAGUCACACUGAAUACCGAGUCUGGAUUUGAUGAAGACCUCAUAACCACAUUUGUGACCCAGUUGCUGGAAAUCCAGAGGGAAGGAAAGUCUGCCUGGACACGUUUUAAACUGGAAAUGGAACAAUCAAAAAAGGCCUGUGAGAUACACGAGAAAACAUGCAGAAUGCUUGAACAGCUUUUCGAAGACAAAGACCUGAUAAAGUCACUACAGGAUGCAAAUUACGACCUCUUCCUAACAGACCCUGCUAUCCCAGGGGGUGUUUUACUUGCCCACUACCUCAGGUUACCUCUUGUUUUUAAUGUCAGAUGGACUAGUCAAGGCGAAGGGCAUUUUUCAAUUGCACCUUCUCCUUUAUCUUAUGUGCCAAUGACAGGAACCGAGCUAUCAGAUAAAAUGAGCUUUCUCGAGAGAGUUCUUAACAUUGCUAUUUUUGGCUUCACAGAAUAUCAAAUUGCACAGUACAUCUUUCCAAGUUAUGAUGCCUUGAUUAAAAAAUAUCUAGGUCCAGAUGCCGACUUUUUAUCUCUGUUUCAAGCAGCAGACUUGUGGCUGAUGAGAGUGGACUUUGUGUUUGAGUUCCCCCGUCCCACCAUGCCGAAUGUUGUCUAUAUGGGAGGGUUCCAGUGCAGACCAGCAAAACCUCUGCCUCAACACCUGGAGGAUUUUGUGCAGAGUUCUGGAGAACACGGGGUCGUCAUCAUGUCUCUGGGGACUUUGAUUGGAGAGCUCCCCCCUGACUUAGCCGAUGAGAUCGCUGCAGCUUUUGCUAAAUUACCUCAGAAAGUCAUCUGGAGGCAUAAAGGUGACAGACCAGCCACUCUGGGCAACAACACUUUACUAGUGGACUGGAUGCCACAGAAUGACCUCCUGGGACAUCCAAAGAUUAAACUGUUUGUGGCUCAUGGAGGAACCAAUGGAGUUCAAGAGGCAAUCUACCAUGGAGUUCCUAUACUGGGACUUCCAUUGAUUUUUGAUCAACGUGAUAAUCUAUUCAGAAUUGAAGUCAGAGGAGCAGGAAAGAUAGUUAAUUUUUUUACUUUGAAUGAAGACAUUUUCUAUCAGGGUAUUCAGGAAGUCCUGAAUGAGCCCUCCUACAGGAUGAACAUGCAGAGACUCUCCAGGCUGCACAGAGAUCAGCCAAUGAAGCCACUGGACAGCGCCCUCUUCUGGAUAGAGUUUGUCAUGAGACACAAAGGUGCAGCUCAUCUGAGAACAGAGUCCUACAGACUGCCCUGGUAUUCCUACCACUCUGUAGAUGUGAUGCUGCUCUUAGUUGGAGUUGUGCUGAUUAUUUUGGGCGCCUUUGCUGCCUUAAUAAGGUGUUUGUGCUGUAAACUCUGUCUUAGAACAAAGGGUAAAUGUGAUUAAAACAAAAAAAAUCUAUGUUGCACUCAAACUAAAAUUUAAACAAAUACGUCUUGUUAUAUAUGUCCUUGCAAUAUGUGAAACAUGAUAAUGGUGGCUUACUUAGACUGUGAUUUUAUGGGGAUAAUAUAAAUACAUUUCCAAUAUGUAGCAAUUAGUGUUGGUGUGAUUCUAUUAAAAAAAUGGAAAUCUAAA